AUGAAUGAACUGAUAGAACUGAUAGAACUGAUAGAACUGAAUGAAUUGAGUGGACUGAGUGGACAGAGUGGACAGAGUGGACUGAGUGGACUGAGUGGACAGAGUGGACUGAGUGGUCUGAGUGGUCUGAGUGGACUAAGUGGACUGAGUGGUCUGAGUGGACUGAGUGGUCUGAGUGGACUGAGUGGACUGAAUGAACUGAGUGGACUCAGUGGACUGAAUGAACUGAGUGGACUCAGUGGACUGAAUGAACUGAGUGGACUCAGUGGACUGAAUGAACUGAGUGGACAGAGUGGACAGAGUGGACAGAGUGGACAGAGUGGACAGAGUGGACAGAGUGGACAGAGUGGACAGAGUGGACAGAGUGGACUGAGUGGACUGAGUGGACAGAGUGGACUGAGUGGUCUGAGUGGACUAAGUGGACUGAGUGGUCUGAGUGGACUGAGUGGUCUGAGUGGACUGAGUGGACUGAAUGAACUGAGUGGACUCAGUGGACUGAAUGAACUGAGUGGACUCAGUGGACUGAAUGAACUGAGUGGACUCAGUGGACUGAAUGAACUGAGUGGACUCAGUGGACUGAAUGAACUGAGUGGACUCACAGUCUUGGGGUCAGCCGAACUGAUUAAAACGUUCGAUGAACAAUAUGAUCCCGCUCACAUUGAUCAACUGCCGGUCAGAGUUCAACGUUUAGAUGACUUGUGGCGCGUAUUCGAAGCAAUACAAGACGAAAUAGAAGUCUUGGAAGAUGCGGAAGAUUCUUUUUCGGAUGAACGUCGUGAGUUUCAAAACAUGUACUUUGUACUGAAAGCGUCCUUGCAGGGUAGAUUACCUCCUCGCCCUCUUGCACCGCCUAUGUUGCCGUCGAUGCCGCCAAUGGUGCAAGCGCAACCAGUUUCAAACAUGCGAUUGCCAGAAAUUUCAUUGAAGCAGUUUUCUGGGAAACUUGACGAUUGGUUCAAAAACUACAUUAUUUGCGUGCAACACUUCGGUGAAGCGGCUGGCAUACUUUCGCCGCUCGAAUUAUCGGCCAACAACUAUACAGUUGCUUGGAAAAUUUUGCGGGAACGGUACGAGAAUAAAAAUUUCCUGAUUAAACGGCACAUGUCUGGACUGUUAGCACUUUCUUCCUUAAAAAGGGAAUCGUCUUCGGGACUGUCGGAAUUGGCCGAUGAAUUCGAUCGUCAUGUUCAAUUGCUGGACCAACUUGAGAACACUGAGGACCACUGGAAUUCUAUUCUCGUCGAACGACUGAGUAGUUGUUUGGAUCCCAUUUCGCUACGAGAGUGGGAAACUCAGACGUCUGAAGUGGACAGACCAACCUACAAGCAAAUUCUUGAUUUUGUGCACAAAAGAUCGCGAAUUUUACAAACCCUAACGCUCUCCCACACUGGAAAUAUCCAUUCAGAAACAAAACCAUUUAAGCCUCGCCUCGCUACAGUCCACGUAGCGUCUCAGAAUAUUCCCAAGUGCCCAAGUUGCAAGCAAGCCCAUUUGUUGUUCCAGUGCGACCUGUUCCGCAACCUCACACCACAACAACGUUUUGAAUUCGUCAAGAAGCACGGGCUUUGCAUUAACUGCCUCAAAGGCAACCAUCUUUCGAAGGAUUGCUCCAGUGGCUCCUGUAAAUCCUGCGCCAAAAAGCAUCAUUCUUUGCUGCAUUUGCCGCCCGUACCAACGGUGGCUGCUCAGUCUUCGGCAGGUAGAGGCCAUCUGACAUCUGCGCUAACAUGUCAGCUCGCAGAAGCAUUCAGUUCGCCAGUCGCGCAAUCGCCGGUCGCAAAUGCCAAUUCGGUUGGGCAUUCGGUAGCCUCACAACUCGCCGUCCCGUCGUCGUCGCACUCGUUUUCGGUCGGUAUAGCUUCCUCCCCGUCGUCGGUUGAGAAUUCGUUCGGUAUCGUAACAAAUCACCAUCCAUACACCUCCUGUCAAAUCAAAGAUGCAGAUAAUACUUAUCAAUUUGCCAGGGCACUUCUGGACAGUGGUUCUCAACCUAGUUUCAUCACCGAAGCUCUAUGUCAACGGCUUCGUCUGAAGCGUUCCAAGCUAAAUUCGCCGGUCAGUGGUAUCGGCAAUCCACUGUCACCGUGCAUCAUGCUUACCGUUUCACUACCAAGUCAUCAUAUUGAUGUUACGCGCUGGAAAAUCCCACAUAAUCUCCCGCUCGCCGAUCCCCAAUUCAACAUUUGUCAGGGGAUUGAUAUUAUUAUCGGUGCUGAGCUCUUCUUUACCCUGCUCGAGAAUCAACAAAUUUCACUUGAGGAUGGAUACCCGGUUCUUCAAAAGACAGUUUUGGGAUACAUUGUCUGCGGAAAGGUUAUGGAGCCAGUUGCUGAGCCAAAUAUCGUACAAAGCAGCCACGUCUGCACAGAUGAUCUUCUAGAUUCUCAGCUUGAACGAUUCUGGGAGGUUGAAAAUUUCGAUGACGGUAGAGCAUAUACCUCCGAUGAGCAAGUUUGUGAAGAUUACUACACUGAAACGGUUUCUCGUGGUUCGGAUGGACGUUAUACGGUUCGCCUUCAGUUGCGACAAGAAAUGUUAUCCUUGAUUGGCGAUUCGUACAUUCCAGCGCGACGCCGUCUCCUAUCGAUGGAAAAGAAGUUUGCCGAAAAUGAAGAUCUUCGUCAGGAAUAUUGUAACUUCAUGGACGAGUAUCACAGGUUAGGUCACAUGGAGGUGAUUCCGCGCGCGUCGUGUAGCCCACAGUUCUUCCUACCCCACCAUGCCAUCCACCGUCCACACAGUACAACUACGAAGAUUAGAGUGGUAUUCGAUGGAUCCUGUCGAGGUUCGACCCAGCUAUCGCUCAAUGACGUUUUAUUUUCUGGUCCCACCGUGCAGCCAACUCUAUACUCAACUGUCGUUAACUUUUGGUUGCCACACUACGCCAUUACUGCUGAUGUGGAGAAAAUGUUUAGGCAGAUCUGGGUCAAUCCGCAAGACCCCCGUUAUCAACAAAUUCUUUGGAGAAAAGAUCCGUCAGAAGAAAUCCAUACCUAUCAGUUGAAGACCGUUACUUAUGGUCUCGCCUGUUCACCGUAUCAUGCUACGCGAAUCCUGAACCAGUUGGCCACCGAUGAAGGAGAACGCUUCCCACUUGCAGUCCCGAUCAUUCGGAAAGGGACUUAUGUCGACGAUGUGCUCUCAGGGCAUGAUGACCAUCAUGUACUUAGCAAUGCGUGUCAACAACUAAUGGAGAUGCUGAAAUCAGUCGGUUUCGUGCUCAGGAAGUGGGCAUCCAAUGACCCAUCCGUACUCUCAAGUGUUCCACCGGAAUUGUGGGAAUCGGCUCCCGAAUUGGAAAUCGAUCGCUCAGCUGCGGUAAAACAUUAG